AGAGGAUCCAGUCGGGAGACGGUAGAUCAUCGCCUGGCGGCUCUUUGUGGAUCUAACUCGGUUUAACCUGUUAGUUAACGGUGUCACUUCUAGGAUGAAUCCACUAAGCUUCCACACCUCAGUGGAUUUAAAUUUCCCUGGACUAUGAGCAGGAGGGAGAGAUAAGCAGCGGCUGGCUUCCUGCAGGAUUUCGCCCUGGCUUUUUGUUUUCCCUUGGACAUGCCUGGUCUAUGGAGCUAGCUGGCCGACGGUCCAGCUAGUGCUACAUUUCCAAGCUUUUGGAUGAUUGUUUAGCUGAAGAGCUGAUUUGUUUUGGAUCAGCGCGACCUCCUCUCUUCCUGUGCAAGGAGUCAGCAUGGGGGAGCCCAGCUUGGAUGACGCCAACGUCAAGGUGGCUGUUCGUGUACGGCCCAUGAACAGGAGAGAAAAGGAAUUAAACACUAAAUGUGUUGUGGAGAUGGCGAAGAACCAGACGAUCCUCCAUCCUGGUGGAGCUAACCUGGGCAAAGGAGAUUCCAGGAAUCAGUCCAAGGUCUUUGCCUAUGAUUACUGUUUUUGGUCCAUGGAUGAGGCCGAUAAGGAGAAAUUUGCCGGUCAAGAGGUGGUCUUCCAGUGCCUUGGGGAAAGUCUUCUUCAUAAUGCCUUCCAGGGCUAUAAUGCCUGUAUAUUUGCCUAUGGACAAACAGGUUCAGGAAAGUCGUACACCAUGAUGGGUUCAGGGGACCAGCCAGGUCUGAUCCCCCGGCUGUGCAGUGCUUUGUUUGAACGAACUAAGAAAGAAGGGCGCGAGCAGGAGAGCUUCACUGUUGAAGUGUCCUACAUGGAGAUCUACAACGAGAAGGUCCGAGAUCUGCUCGACCCCAAAGGGGGGAGACAAGCUCUGAGGGUGAGGGAACAUAAGGUUUUGGGGCCCUACGUGGAUGGCUUGUCUCGACUAGCUGUGGCCAGCUACAAGGACAUUGAGUCUCUGAUGUCAGAGGGGAAUAAGUCUCGGACUGUUGCAGCGACCAACAUGAAUGAGGAGAGCAGUCGAUCACAUGCUGUCUUCAACAUCAUCCUCACACACACACUCAAAGACCUGCAAUCUGGGACGAGUGGAGAGAAGGUGAGUCGGUUGAGUCUGGUAGAUCUCGCUGGAAGUGAGAGAGCAGCAAAGACCGGAGCAGCAGGAGAGCGGCUCAAGGAAGGAAGCAACAUCAACAAGUCUCUCACUACACUGGGGUUGGUGAUCUCAGCACUAGCUGAACAGGGGACAGCAAAGAACAAAAAUAAGUUUGUUCCUUACAGAGACUCUGUUCUGACAUGGCUGCUAAAGGACUGUCUGGGUGGCAACAGUCGCACAGCAAUGGUUGCAACUGUGAGUCCAGCAGCAGACAACUAUGAGGAAACACUAUCAACGCUUCGCUAUGCAGACCGAGCAAAGAGCAUUGUUAACCAUGCAGUUGUAAAUGAAGACCCCAACGCACGCAUCAUCAGGGAGCUCAGGGAGGAAGUGGAGAAACUACGAGUACAACUGACUCAGGCAGAGUCUUUGAAGGCUCCGGAGCUGAAAGACCGCUUAGAGGAGUCAGAAAAGUUGAUUCAAGAGAUGACUAUCACCUGGGAGGAGAAGCUGCGUAAAACUGAGGAGGUUGCACAAGAGCGUCAGAAGCAGUUAGAGAGCCUGGGUAUUUCUCUCCAGUCUUCAGGGAUUAAAGUUGGAGAUGAUAAGAGUUUUCUUGUUAACCUGAAUGCAGAUCCUGCCCUCAAUGAACUGCUAGUGUACUAUUUAAAGGAACACACAAAGGUGGGUUCAGCAGACUCUCAGGACAUCCAGCUGUGUGGGAUGGGUAUUCAGGCAGAGCACUGCGUCAUCGACAUAGCAGCGGAUUUUGCCGUCAUUCUCACCCCGUACAGGAAUGCUCGGAACUGUGUAAAUGGUUCCCCGGUUACCGCAGCCCUUCAGCUUCAUCACGGGGACAGAAUCCUCUGGGGAAACAACCACUUCUUUAGGAUCAACCUGCCUAAACGGCGCAAUCGAGGAGCUGAGGACGAAGAGGGAGAGGGUGGGAUGAUGAAGAACAGUGGCAGCAGUGAGCAACUGGAUGCAGAUGGUGACACAGCCAGCGAAGUUUCCAGUGAAGUCAGCUUCUCCUAUGAGUUUGCCCAAACAGAGGUCAUGAUGAAGGCCCUCGGUAGUAACGAUCCCAUGCAAGCUGUCCUCCAGUCUUUAGAGAGACAGCAUGAGGAGGAGAAGCGCUCUGCUCUGGAGCGACAGAGGCAGAUGUAUGAACAGGAACUCCAGCAGCUCCGCAAGAAACUGAACCCAGAUCGUCUGUCCACGGGCAGCUCUGGGACGAUGUCUGGCCAGCAAGCUCCAGGACAGCAGUCUCACUACCGCAGCCUGGAGAGACUCAGUAUGGGAGGGAUGAGCCAUUCGACCAGCGCCCAGAGCAGACUCAGGCAGUGGAAUGAGGACAGGGAGGCAGUGUUGGUGAGGAGUCUACGGCGACUGAGGGAGCAGAUAGUGAGGGCUAACCUCCUGGUGCAGGAAGCCUGUUACAUUUCUGAGGAGCUGGAGCGACACACAGAGUACAGAGUCACUCUGCAGAUCCCAUCAGACAACCUCAACGCAAACCGCAAGAGGGAUGCAGUGCUCAGUGAGCCAGCAAUUCAGGUCCGACGUCGCUGUCGAGGGAAGCAGAUCUGGAGCCUGGAGAAAAUGGAGAACCGUCUGGUUGACAUGAGAGAGCUGUACCAGGAGUGGCAGGACUACAACCACAAUAACCAAGAAAACCCUAUGAUGCGCUCAUAUUUCCGGCGUGCAGACCCCUUCUUUGACGAACAGGAGAACCACAGUCUGAUCGGCGUUGCCAAUGUCUUCCUCUCCUGUCUUUUCUAUGAUGUCAAGCUGCAGUAUGCUGUUCCCAUCAUCAACCAGAAGGGGGAGGUGGCCGGGCGUCUACACGUAGAGGUGGUAAGGGUUGGAGGGGGGUUGGAGGACAACAUGGCUGGAGGAGAUGAAUGCGACAACAACCAAGAUGGUGAAGUCCAGGACCGCAAACUGGUCUGCAUGAUUAAGAUCCUACAGGCCACGGGUCUUCCUCAGUACCUGUCCAACUUCGUCUUCUGUCAGUAUGCAUUCUGGGAUCAACCUGAGCCAAUCAUCGUGGCUCCUGAGGUAGACCCAUCAUCCUCUUCACCAAGCACCAAGGACCCACACUGCAUGGUGGUGUUUGACAGCUGCAAGGAGCUGGCAGUGUCUGUAUCAGAGGAUUUUAUUGAAUACCUGACUGAAGGGGCAGUUGCCAUCGAGGUAUUUGGCCACAGACAGGCUGAUGCAGGAAGAAACCCUGCGCUCUGGGACCUCAGCAUCAUCCAGGCCAAGACACGCACAUUAAGAGACAGGUGGAGUGAGGUAACACGACGCCUGGAGCUGUGGAUUCAAAUCCUGGAAAUAAACGAGAACGGAGACUUUGUCCCUGUGGAAGUGGUUCCUGCUAGAGAUGUGCGGACUGGGGGUAUCUUUCAGCUUCGACAGGGUCAGUCGAGGCGGAUCCAGGUGGAUGUGCGUUCAGUUCAGGACUCUGGCACUAUGCCUCUGAUAGCAGAAAUAUUGCUUGCCGUGUCAGUGGGGUGUGUCGAGAUCAGGAACACGACAGCGAACCAGGAAGUAGAUGAGAUGGAUAGUUAUCAGGAAAGAGACCUGGAACGAUUGCGGCGGCAGUGGUUAUCUGCUCUCACCAAGAGACAAGAAUACUUGGACCAGCACCUGCAGAGCCUGGUCAGCAAAGCAGAAAAGACAGAGGAUGAUGUGGAGAGGGAGGCUCAGCUGUUGGAGUGGCGCUUGACUCUGACGGAGGAGAGAAAUGCUGUCAUGGUGCCCUCUGCUGGCAGUGGUAUUCCUGGAGCACCAGCUGAAUGGGUUCCUCUGCCAGGCAUGGAGAAUCAUACUCCCGUCCUCUUCCUGAACCUCAAACCUGAUGACCUCAGCUCUCAAGAUCAGUUUGAGGUUCCUGAAGCUGGAGGCUGGGACGCCACCCUGAGCGGGGAGGAUGAGGAUGACUUCUUUGACCUGCAGAUCGUCAAACACUACGAUGGAGAGGUGAAAGCAGAGGCAUCAUGGGACUCCACCGUCCACGAAUGUCCACAGCUCAGUCGUGGUGGGGCAUGGCCGGAGCAGCGUGUGUACCUGACGAUUCGGGUAGUGGUUCAGCUCAGUCAUCCUGCAGACAUGCAGCUGGUCUUGCGAAAAAGGAUCUGUGUCAACGUUAACCCAGGCCGCCAAGGUUUCGCACACAACUUCCUGAGGAGGAUGUCCACACGCAGCACCAUCCCUGGCUGUGGAGUCACCUUUGAGGUUGUCUCGAACAUCCCCGGGGAUGCCCCUGGAUCUGAGGACAGGGAGAUGCUGGCCCGUCUUGCUGCCAGCGCACACAACAGUCAGACCGGUGAUGACGAGGCUGCUAUUGAGAAAUACCUCCGCAGUGUUCUCAGUCUGGAGAACAUCCUGACCCUGGAUAGACUCAGACAGGAAGUGGCAGUAAAGGAGCAACUGACAAGCAGAGGGAGGGGAAACAGAAGAAGCAUAAGUUCUCCUUCAGUCCACAGGCUGUCUGGAAGUAGACAAGACCUGUCUACAACCUGCCUGCUGGAUGACAAGGGUCGAUGGGAAAGUCAGCAAGACAUCUUUAUGCCCUCUCAAUUUCAACGCACCCUCCCCCGGCCCGCCUCCUCCCCUUCCACCUACUCCACCUCCCCUUCUCAGUCCCCAACUCCCUUUGGCAUGACGCCUCCCCAGAACCAGGAACCUGAGCAAGGUCGUUCAGGACUUGCUGCCUCUUAUCUUUCAGUUAAAGCACUGGUCCCCCCGAUGCCCAAACUGCUAAAGUCACUGUUUCCAGCACGAGACGAGAAGAAGGAGCUGAGACCUUCACCGCACAACCAGCAGCAUGUCCCUCGCAUCAUGACAUCAGGAGGAGAGGACAACAAAGGCAAGACUGAAACGACCGCUCUUCUACGGCCCCCGACCAAAGACAGACGGUCCGAGUUCCCAGAAGUCCCUCCUCUUCCUGUGCAUGACCCGCAUGACAUCACCCCCCUCAGCCCCCUCAGCCAGUCAUCAAGCGGCUACUUCUCCAGUAGUGUUUCUACGGUCACCCUGUCUGACGUCCUCCAACCCUCGUCCUCUUCUUCUUCCCUCCUUUCUACUGAGACUACGUUACCGACAAAUCCCCAGCAGCAGGGUGCUGACAGGAACGAUGUUGUGACCUCUUCUUCUCAGUUUGGUGCCAAGGUGGCAGCCAUCACUUCACCUGCGUCUAACAGCUCUGCCAACCACAACAACGUCACUGCGGAAAACAGCUUCUCUGAACACAAGCUGGUCAACUCAGGAGGAGGAGAUGGAGGAGAUGGAGGUGAAGGCUUUGAGAGGCUGGAAAUCUUUGUGGACGAUGAAGAGCGCAGCCAAGAAAGCACACUACCUGAUUGGCUGACGGACGGGGCGUAUGUUACAGUAGGAAGCAAUAAAGCCGGGACGGUGCGCUAUGUGGGAGUGACACAGUUUGCUGAUGGAGUGUGGGUGGGGGUGGAGCUGGACACUCCUGUAGGUAAAAAUGACGGUUCAGUCGGAGUUCACAGAUAUUUCAACUGUAAACCGGGUUAUGGAGUCCUGGUUCGCCCAGACCGCCUAACCUUGCGCGAUAGGACCACUAGACGCACGGGGGACUUCUCUGCUCCCGCUCAUGUCCCUGUUCUGCGAGGAGAAGCCAUUGUUGCCCGUCGGGCAGAGAACCGCAAAUCCUGGAGCAGUUGAGACAGGAUUACUAGGACUUGAAAGGGAGAGAUGAACUCCCCACAGUUCUUGUUCUUGUCCUCUCAUCUUUUCCUCCCAGCUAUGCAACAGGCUCACACAUCCGAACUGACAGACUGCCUGCCUGCCUGCCCUCUUUUAGACUAAACUACACUACUCACUACAUCCAUUCACAGUUAAUGGAUACAAAUAAAGACAGUGAGGAGACCAUUCAGAGAGAAUGCAAGUUGGUGGAUGACGGACUAUGCACAGUUUCUAGGAGUCCAUGGAAGGACUUCAAUCAUGGGAAAAUUAUGAUAAUGAAUGGCGGUCAAUGAAACACUGCUGUGAGUGAACAGAAGCCAAUGAAUGGUGAGUCGGAGCUCUUGAGAGGGUUUGGGAUGGAUGCUAAAGACUAGAUGAGGUGCUUCUUGGGUAAUAUACAGGGAUGCAAACAAAGGCACAUUUAAGCACGAGUUGCUUUUUGUACCUUUUCUGCAUAUAAACGUACCAAGGCAAGAAGUGAUCAUUUCAUGAAUGACAUUUUUUAAGGUGAAAAGCCAAAAUAAUUCUCUAUAGUUUGCUGGCUGACAGAUUUAUUUGAUACUUCUGUCUUUUCCUUUUUUUGGAAAGAUAAAUUAUUUCUUAUUUUUAAUCUUAGAAAAAAAGACUAGUACUUUUCAGCAAGAUUAAUAAGCAAAAUUACAGUACUGUCUUUUUUUUUUUUGUUACUUUUAUAUCCUCCAGUUAAGCACCGCUAUCAACAUGUGCUUCCUGUUCUUUAUAAGUAAGAGAAAGAUAAUGUUUGGUUUUUUUGACACAUUUUAAGCUGAAAGUAUGAUGGUCAUACAGAGAUUUUCACCUGCGAUGUCUUUGCAUCCCUGGAUAUACCUCUUAACCUUGUAUCUGUGAGACUCAACAUCCCAGAAUCCUCUGCUCUGGCUGCAACUCUCCUGGUCUCAUCUACAGACUGAUACUUGGACUCGCUGUGUAAGACUCGUCCCCUCCUCUCUGACUUCUUUUCUUUCUCUUGAAGAGUUCCUCCCAGAAUGUGCCUUCGCCAUGGCUAGGUUUGCAUUUGUGUUUCUUUAUAUUUAAUUUCUGAGUUGUGUUGUGUUUAAGAGAAAGCCUUGUGCAAAGUUUGAGGUGAUCUCAGGGACUGCAGAGCGGGAAGGAAGGAGGUUGUGUGUGUUGGUGUUUGUAUCUGUGUCUGUGUGUGUUUGUAAAUGUUGUACAGAGAUGCCUUUUGUGCACAGAAAAGUUCAUAUUGUCGUAGUCGUGUUGUUGUUAAAGAUUGUAAAUGUGUAACACAGGAAAGGUUGUGCCCUUGUUGGACAAAGCCACUAUGGGAGCAAGUUUAUUUUUUAAUUUGGAGGCUUUAAAAGUUGAUUUUGCACAGGGGACAAUGGAGAAGGUUCUGUAUGUCAGCAGAAUGAGUCUGUGGUCAUGGUGCACGAAGACAGAAAGAAAGACAGACUAACUAGUAAUGUGAGGUUAAAGUAUGUCCUCCAGCUAAGUGGGAUAUCUGUGAUGUCUGAUUGAUGGACGUGUAGACACCAGGAGGCGCUGUUAGAGUAGAACUUCAGAGUUGUGUUGGUGGGUUGCUAUGAGUAUGUGUUGAGGAAUAGAAAGUGAAAAGGACAUGCAGAAGUUACCAUGGUCAUUUCAGGCUUCAGGGAAGAACUGAUAUGCUUCUGUGCAUUUGUUCUGUUUUAAGAGUUUCUAGAUUUUUUUUUAAUGACUGCAAACAGAAGAGAACAUUUCACUGAAAGUAUUGAUCAAAUUGAUUCCUGGCAUAAAUGUUGAAGAAAAAACACUAGAUGAUCUGGUAGACUGUUUUUAAAUGGGGUUUUAAUUGAACAUAACUCCAUCAUUUCAGAGAGGCUGGGACACUUUACACUGGCCUUCUUUGUCAAAUCCAGAAUAUACGUCAUUUAAAAGUGGCACCAGUAUGUAAGAAGCAGUUGAUUUCUGGGGAUGCUCCAGAAGGAAAAUGUUCUAACCUUUCUUUCUGUGUGAAGAUUUCUGUUCCUUUCAGCAAAACCCACAACGUGCAGUUUCUGUGCAGCGGUGAAGCUCCAGUAGUAUGUAGCUUCAGAUACAGUAUCCAGUAGCUGAAGCUCAGUGACGUUGGUAGUUGUGUGGUAAGGAUGGACCCACUGCCUUCUUAUUGAUAACAAGAAUGAUGCUGUGGAUUUCUUAACAUUCUGACUAGUAAGAAUCGUUAAUCAGAGGCAACAUGAUACUUGAUAAAAGCGUGUUCUGAUUGGAUGUUACAAGAGCUUGCCAUAGUAAUAAUAAACUUGGGAAUAUAUCGCACUAAAAAGGUGUAACAACAACAGUUGCAUUAUGGGAGAUGAAGGCUUUAGUGUUUCUGGAGCCUGACCCAGAAUGAUGCGUGCUAAAAAUCAUGACAUCUCAUCUACUGCUGAUUCAAAUCUGACUUGUGUGGGAAAGGCUCUUUGCUGAUUUGGUGGCUUUUUAGGACCAAUAACUUGUGUGUGAACUCAUCAGACAGAGGUCGGUGUAAAGUGUCUGUGUGGUCCUAAUGUUGUCCCAUCGUGUGAGCUUUAGGUGUGAUCUGAUUGGGGAUGUUAUCAUGAGUGUCUCAUCUACAAGCUGAGCUAUCUUCAUAUCCUUGUGAGGACAGCCCUGACUAUUUGAGUUGACAUGUUAUUGAUGCCUGUUUCUGUAUCCAUUGUAUCCUUAGAUAGGAGGAGUCUUUCCAGAUUUCAGAUGAGAUGAUUUAAAAAUGUAUGCGUAUUAAAACGUGAAAAACUGUGCAUGUAGAUGCACUCAGUAUGUCCAAAUACCUUUAUCUAAUGGAUCAUAUGUUCUUUAUUUCUUUACAUCUUGCGUCACCUUAAUUGCAGAGGCGUGAAUUAACUAUUUAUAUUUAAAUGCUUGUACACAUGCAUUUAUCGCAUGAAAAUUGAAAAAGCCUUUUUAUUUUGAUAAGUAUUGCACAAAUGAUUCAAUGAAAAUUGCUGCUAUAAGCAUUGUAAAUUAACCUGUAAAAUAACUUGAUUGAUUUAUCUCUUUUUCUCUAAAUGAUUGGACUUUUUUUUAAUCCCAGAUUGAUCUGUUGUGUAAGCGCUUUGGUUAAGUGGCCAAUAUAUUUCAAUAUGAAGCAGUACAAUUCGUAUACGAGAGGCACUUUGUUAUGGGAGCCUUGAAGAUGUAGAAGGAAAGACUGGAUUAUUUUCUGUGUGAAAAUUCCUCCUGCAUUCCUUUUUUAAGACAGAGAGUUAUAAGGUGAACAAUACAUCAGCAUAGUCUAGUUUUUAUCUGUUUAUUUAUUAUUUGGACUCGAGCUGGGACACUGGAGUCCUCUGGUUGGUUCAGCUGGUUACUAUGGUGGCUGUCUGUUAUGUGAUUGGUUGGCAGGUUGUGAGGUGAUUUGCAGGUUUCAAAACAGUUAUGUGGUAAUGAAGGAAGGGAGUUAUGUUUUCUCGUCUGUGUGUUAGUGUACAGAGUUUGUGUGUGUUAGUGUGUGUGUGUGAAUGUUGGGUGGAUUUUGAUUCAGUUGUGUCUGUGAGUCCCUACUAAGAUGGGAAACGAUCCCCAGCUGCCACUGUCCUUAUCAUUCUCUAAACUGGGAAAUAAAACCUUGUCCUGAUGUUUUGUAGCUCUCAGUGUCUGUGGCUGCUGUACUUUCCCAUCCUAGUCUGGGCUCGGGACACGGUUUAAAGGGGGUUGAGAUCACUUCAGGCUUCUGGAUGUCCCUUUAUGUUGUUGUGCCUCAGAAACCAUGUGAUCAUGUAUCCUCCUCACACACUGUUUUCAUAUCAACGCUUCAGUUCAUUUGCACAAAAGCCUCCAGAGGGAAUGGACGACUUCAUUCUGGAUAGCUUGUAUAUUUAGGAAGAAAGUACACGGUUUUUAAUAUAUAUCUUUAUAUCAUUGCUCUCUGCUGUUGUUUAAACUGUACAGUUUUUUUUUUUCUGCUUUUAUGUAAAAUUAUUUGGAUCAAUAUUCAUGAACUAUAUGUUCCUUCACUCAUUGCUCAACUAGCUUUUGGGUAAAAAGAUGAACAUUUACUAAACAUGGCGCUGUUACCCUGUCAGACAGCAGAGCAAAGCUCAAACACAGUGUGUGUUGGGGACUUUCUUAAUACAGCCCCGUUAUAAAACUCAGCAAAUACAUGUAUUUAAUAUAUCAAGUGUGAUAUAAGACAGAAAAAAAAGAAAAUGUAGCUAAUGGGCCGAGUGAGGCACAUGAUCCUCAGAGCCAUUUCAAGAAGAAAGUGUACAAAUAGAAAACUAGCGUCAGUGAUUACUGUUGUGCUAAGAAUGGAUUUAGUGUUGUAACUUCAUUUCAUCAAAGCCAGCAGUGUUAUUAAUGUGACUGUAUCAACCAGAAGAACCACACUAAGUUUGAUGUUUAUUGGUGUGAUGUGUGUCCAAACAUAUUCAGACUGCAUAUUUAUCUGUAUUAGUCUUUAGCCCCCAAGGAUUACUCUUACUUUCUUUUCAUUAAGUGCUUCUAUUUUGCUCUGAAAUUUUCCCAUAUCGUUGUUGCAUUUGCCUCCUGUUUCAUUUCCUAUGUGAAUCUGGAGCAACAUGUCCCCCUGCCUUUACGUGGCCUUCAACCUGGAGUAGGACAGGUUUUAGCAGAGGCUUUUAAAUCUGUACGAUCUGUUCAGGUUUACCGCUUAAAGAUCCUUUUUAUAACAGGGUAAGUGUUGCCUCUGAUUCCAUCAACACCACUCAGCAAUAGGUCAUCUGAUGUAGAUGCUAUCAGGUGUGAAAGGCAUCACAGGGAUCUAAUUUAAAUGAGAACAUCACUAAUAGGAGACAAGGUUGCCCCCUGGUGGCUGCUGUCAGUCCAACAUCCACACAGGAACUUUUAUACUACCGGAAAUUCAGCCCUCUGUUAACCUACAGCAGCAUGCCUGAAGACAUGUGAGAUCACUAAACUGCCACAUGCAGAUCUUUGUGGGUGAAACAUGUAACCCUCAGAAAAGCAGUUGACUCAAUGUUGGCAUUUGCAAGGCAUGGCUACACAUUUCCAGCCACAGUAGUGAGUGUUCACCUCUUUUACUACCUCUCUCUCUAUCUCGUGUGUCCAGAGUGUUCUGCCAACUUCUACCCUGAGGCCUUUUCGCUGACAGAGAGCUGUAACCCGCUUCACAACUGUGUGUUCUCAAAUAUCAGAAUCAAACACACGCACUAGCAAUACAAGGCCGUUGGGUUGAGCAAUGCAGACGUUUUUUCUGAAACUUUAGGUGAUGACUGCUCAUUUCUGGGUCUGUUUUCCAGGGAAAAUUCAGAUACAGUUUCUCUUCUUUGUGCAUUUUAAGGGCAGUUGGUGUCGAUACAAUAUUGCUUUACAGGUACCUGCAGCCAUUUGAGCUGGGCUGUGUAAUAAUGAAAGGCUAAUAGCAGCUAAAGGAGAGGGUUUGGUGCUUGCUAAGGCAUAAGCUAAGUUACUCCUGCAAAAUAAAAGCCCCCUCUGCCCUGUAACCUUUCUCACAUUGAGCUGAAAAGAACUUGUAAUAACUGAACUGAAGGUUUAAUGUGGUCACCAGUAUUAUAUCAUCCUGACUAAUCAUUAUCAUCCUUUUUUGCUACUGUUGAGUGGAGCGGGUCUGUCUUGAUGUGUUGUUUGUACGUGUGAGUGCACCAUUGGAGUGGUUGUUCUUUGUAUGUAUGUGUAUAUACGCGCAUAUUAAGACUUAUAAAAGACAAAUCUGAGCACAAGUUUGGGUUUUGAUUAAUUUAAUUAUUUUAUGUAAUUCUAUGCUGCAAUCCAAAGAAUAAACAUGUAUUAUGAUACAUUUAUGAUUUUCAUUUUUUAUCAUCUGAACAGUAAUCUGGUAAGAAAACAAUAAAAAAAGAGGAAUAUUUAAA